AUGCAGGUAUCUGCCGCCGAGGAGAUCCAGGGGCCGGCCGAGUCCGUGCAGUUGGUCACCGCCUGCACAUGCUGCCCCUAUUUCGACAUCCCCCGCUUCUUCGCGGAGGCCGACCGCGUGCUUGUGCCAGCUGGAAUUCUUGCAAUCUACAGCUUCACCGUGCCCAAGGUGUACCACAACGGCGUGUUCUCGACUGAGCUUACUAACAUUUGGUUGCAGGCUUACAAGGUAUUUGCCUGCGGCUGGAGCCCCGUUCGGAAGGAUGUGGAGGACGGGUACAGGGACCCACGCUUCCGGCUCCCCUUCCCGGGCGAAGUCAGGGACGAGGGCCACUACCAGGAUCAAACGCUGACGUUGGACGGCGUGCUGGCCUACAUCAAGACCUUUGGUUGUUAUCAGAAAAUGGUGCGCCGCUGCGGUGCCAAGCGGGGCGAGGCCUUGCUUCAGCAGACAAAGGAACGGUGA